AUGGCGUUCAAGUUUACCGGGUUUAAUGACCCAGGGUUAACUAGUUGGAAGUGUGAAAGGAAAGCCCUGUUGUGUUUCAGAUUCAAGAAGGACAAAGCCAACUACUCCUUAAACACAGAUGAUCCUACCAUCUUUGACGCCGACUUGAACUCAGACUACCAGGUGGCGCAGGAAUACAUGGGCUUCACUGAAGAAGAAUUCAAGAGACUGAAUAUCAAUGCAGCCAAGUCCUGCUUCCUUCCUGAAAAUGAGAAAAAGGAGCUUCUUAAUCAACUUUACAAGGCCUAUGAUAUGGCGCAAAGCACCAGCUUUUGAGCGCUGCGCUGUUGUAAACAAGUAUGCAGUGAACAGAGCCUUUCAGGGCAUUUGCCUUUUCACAAGUGAAUGUGGGUCCUGAUUCCUUAAAACCUGGAGAACUCAUACAUAUAUUUUUCUUAAUUUAAUAAUUACACAAAAAUAAUAAAGACCACAAAAUACAACCCUCCAUCAAAGAUUUAACCUAAGACGAAUGAGUUCAUUAAAUAAAUGUUACGUUUGUCUGUAUAUUUCAUUAACCACUGAUUUUCAUCUACAUGGACAUUUUUUCCUCAGGUUUUGCAAUAUCUGUUGCCUAAACAUUAAAUAUUAGUCUUAUUUCAUAUUUACAUAUUCACUUUAUGCUAUUCUCAGUACAUGCACAGAAUAUGACCAUAAUUAAGAAAAACAUGUCAAGCUGUACAAUGUAUGAAAGGUGCUAUGUGAAUCAAAUGAAUUUAGUACCUCAGCUUUUUUUUUUAUACAGUGGUAAGAAUGUAUAAAUCCAAAACAUCAAACCAGAAUAUGAUCUUAUGUAUGGUGCUUAUCUUAUGUAUAUUGUAUAGCCUAUGCAUUAUUCAAACUUUUGGGUAACAAUUAAAUGACUAUUAAUAUGCUAGUUAUUAUUAGAUGUUAGCGGGACUGAUGAUGAAAUGCGGUGCAAAACCUUUUUAAAUUUUUGUCGUUGCCUUGUUCCAACACCAGAGGGCAUUUACCAAAAGACGAUUCAUAUAACUCAGGUUUGGAGUUUACCAGCUAAGUGAAAAAUAUUUGUGUCAGGUUUUACAUUUCUUUUGUAUAACUUCAACUGCGUAGGAAAACAUUAGGACUAUAUGAAUAAUGUGGGAAGGAUGGGAGUGAGAGCUUUCAUUGUAUAAACUAUCAAUACAAAUAAUUUUACAUUUGAA